AUGGAGCAAACGUCAUUUGCCACGGAUAAUGAGGUGUUAUAUCCGGUACUGCUUAUACCGAAGAAGUGUACCACGCUAGAAACCACCUGUGCAGCCACUGAUGAUGUCUUUAUAGAACUCAGCAUCACAUCAGCGGACACUGAAGGUAAUGAAAUGUGCUUGUACUCAGGUUUUUGUAACGUGAAGCUCAUAGAUAGUUACGAUGUUAAUGUACAUGAAGUUGAUUCUAAUUCCACGCCCGAAUCCAAUGAUAAUGAUCAAAUCCAAACAGUAACAGAAGAGAAUCCUCCGUACACUCAGUCCCAAGUAUGGAUAGAUCCAAUGCGGAGUCCGUAUGUGUAUAAUAGUUGCGACGCGACAGAAUCAAAAGAGAAAUUCUCAGUAUAUCGUCAUCAAACUCGCUCCAGCCAUAUAACUGUUGAACAACAUAAUACAUACAUAACACAAAAUGUAUACAACUAUUCGGAGGCUGUUCAUUAUUCACCGGCUGAAGAAUUUGAACAUAAAAAGUUUAGAAAAGUGCAAACAAGUGAUACAACUCAACAGAAUAACUCCGGACCGAACAAUCCAUAUGAAGAUGAUGAAUUUGAAUGUGGAGUGUUUCUGUCACAACUGUCUGAAGAGAUAAUUAAUGAAACGGAGACAAGGGCCCGAGAAGAAAUCCGUUACGUAGGCUUACAGAGCGACGAUGACGCACUAAAACAGCUAAUGUCGUCAGAUAUACAGUCACUGUCCAAGCAGCAGAAAACUAUACUGUUCCUAGGUCAUGACUCUCACUUCGGACAAACCAUUCAGAAGAUCACAGUGAACGAUCCAUCCCUGGAGUGUGUUGGAGGCGGUGAAAUUGAUCAUGAAGUAAUUGUUGAAAACAACAACAACCCUUACCCCAACCAGAAGAAAUAUCAAUGUGACAAAUGCAAGCAAAUAUUUGAUCAAAUAUCUACUUUCAAGCAGCACAUGGUGGGAAACCAUAGAUCGAUUAAAGAAUCACGCGCCUCUGGUUCUGAAAGUGAAGUUAAAUUUAUGUGCACAGAAUGUGGCAAGAACUUCAAAAGCCAGGAGAAAUUUGAGCUGCACUGCCUUGGCCACGGCGAUCCAGAAUUAGAAUGUAAUAAGUGCCACAAAGUGUUCGCCUCAAAAUUCACUUUACGCACCCACCGUAAAAUACACUUACGGAAACACCCGUGCGAUUAUUGCACGAAGACGUUCACUAAAAUGGAAGACUUGAUGGCUCACGUCGCCAAAAUACAUUUAAUCUUAAAGUGCCAGGCUUGUGAUUACACAGCUAAGAAAUACCAAGAUCUGCAAGAGCACCAGAAAUGUCAUUCGAGUCCACUGGAUAGUACUUACACGGACUCUUGCGAAUCUUUCGACGAUGGCAUCACAAAUACUGACAUUGUCACCAAAACGGACACGCCAUCCCCAAACGAACAACAUCUAAAAUCAGAUACAAUGAACGAAAACUACGUCACACAAGAGAAAAUAAGAGAGGCCGAUUCGGUUAUAGCUAAAGUGAUGUCUAAUAAAGUUUUUCUACUUCAUGCAAAGAAGGCUAGGAAACACAAAAGAUACAGAAAGGCUUGUAACAUCUGCUUAAAGUCCUUCGACCGGAUUGGAGAUUUGAAGAGGCACCUCAUAGAACAUGUUAUUAGAAGCACUCUAGCCAAGAAUCCAGUGAACAAAAACGGCACCCUCAACAUCCAAUGCGAGGUAUGCAGAACGGAAACCUUCUCUAAAGUUGAUAGAUAUAAGGCACAUUUACGCGUACACGCUAAAUUAACACUGUACCAAUGCACGUUCUGCAAUAAAUCCUUCAGUGAUUCCAGUAACUUCUCUAAGCACAAAAAAAUUCACGGUACAUCGUACUUUCAGUGUGAUCUAUGCCAAAGGAAAUUCAAUUCGAAGAAAAUGAUCACGCAACACAUGGAGUACCACAACAACAAUUCGCCGAUUCCUUGUUUUUAUUGCGACAAGGAGUUUCAUUUCGAAUCAAUGCUAAAUAAACAUAUAAAAUGCGCGCACACGAAAGAAAUGUCGACUAGGUUCCGUUGUAGAUUUUGCCACCAAUAUUUCAAGACGUUAAGGGAAAAGUGGGACCAUGAAUGGACCAUUCAUAAUGUUAGAAAAAUUAUUGCCGACUGUCUCCUUUGUGGCUCGAAAUUUAGAAAAUAUUCCGAACUGAAAAGACAUUGCAAUUCUGUUCACGAUAUAGAAAUUCCACCCGCCAAAAAUUUCAAGAAUUAA